UACCACUGGCUCAUGGAAAUUACUGUCUUUCUUACAAAAAUGGUUUUAGGGAUCCUUCUCAGUCUCUCACUGAGUUUAUGGUUCUGUGAUGCUAAAGCAAUGGGAGCUAUGUAUGUUAUACAAGAAACAGAAGCACCAUGUAUUAAUAUCAGUGAUACCAACACCAACCACGAGCUUGAAAAACUUCUGGACAGAAUUAAAUAUGUUGCUCGAAGCUGCAAAGAAAUUCGUGACAAGUAUCAUGUUUAUGAUGAUGGCCUGUACUAUCUGAUCUCAUCAAGAGGGAUCCUUUACCAAACGUUCUGUGAUAUGACCACUGCGGGUGGCGGCUGGACGCUGGUGGCCAGCGUUCAUGAAAACAACAUGUAUGGAAAGUGUACUGUUGGUGAUCGCUGGUCUAGUGAGCAGGGCAGCAAUGCAAACCGGCCUGAUGGUGAAGGGACAUGGGCAAACAGAGUCACGUUUGGAACCGCAGAGGCCGCUACAAGUGAUGAUUAUAAGAAUCCUGGAUACUUUGAUAUUGCGGCACAGGAUGUGUCUGUGUGGCAUGUUCCUAAUAAUAUGGAGUUGGAACACUGGACCAUUGCCGCCAUCCUGCGAUACCACACUGAAAAUAGCUUCUUAAGCCUCUACGGAGGAAACCUUUUCAUUUUAUUCAAGAAAUUCCCUGUGCGGUUUGGAAUCGGGACAUGCAAAAUUGAUAAUGGACCUGCUAUUCCAAUCGUGUAUGAUACCGGAAAUGCAGAUUACACCAGGAGUCUGUAUGGUCCUAUAUUAAGACCACAUUUUGAGCCUGGAUUCAUCACAUUCAGAGUCUUCAAUAAUGAAAAGGCAGCCAUGGCUAUUUGUUCAGGCACUAAACCAACUGUCUGUGACCCUGAACAUUUCUGUAUUGGUGGAGGUGGACACUUUCCUCAGGAGGCUCCUAGACAAUGUGGGGACUUUACAAGUUUCGACUGGGAUGGCUAUGGUACUAAUAAAGACUACAGUGCUUCCAAAGAGAUAACCGAAGCAGCUGUACUUCUAUUUUAUCGCUGACCUGACAGUCUGAAACUAAAAUCUAAAAUCACAAGGAAAAAAAGGGGGUGAUUUUAGUUUCAGACUGUAUAGUAGGGAUGCACCGAAAAUUCUGGAUGCACUUGGCCAAAAACCAAAACCAAAAAUGCUUAAAAAAUUAUUUAUUUCUUAUUUUAAAUAAGCUUAUUUUUAUAAUUGUAAUACGACCAUAUGACAGCUUAAAAUGUUAUCUGAUCUAAUCAAAAAUAUACAUGGCAUACUAAAAUAUUUUUUCAAUAAAAGUCAAUUAUUAUUUUUUCAUAUAAAAUAAUAGCAUUUUUUUUUAAAUUUCAAAAUUAAAUAAUUUUAGAGUUUGACAAUUAACACACUGAAAAACACAUCUAUACAGCAUUGUUCAAAGAAAUACAGGCAAAUAGAUGAAGAAACAUUCGGAAAAAACACAGGGCUGAACAAAACACUCCUAUCCCUCCACUCACAGUUCUCACAGAACAGGAGAUAAAUAGAUGAGCCAGUAAGAAUGCUGUAAAUUUCUUGAAUAUUUUCUAAAUGUUCAGGUUCUUCCUGAGUUUUUAUUCACCUUUUUUCACAUGGUUUCUCAAAGGAAAUUCAAGUUAAUUAUGCCAAUUAUAUUGGUAAUUGUAUGGAAUAGCAUAGUUCUAACAGGGCACAUCGUGACGCAGUGUUACAACAUUCCCUAUUUGCGCAACUGGAAUGUAAGCCUGGUUAGUGUCUUAAGGGUGCAUUCACACUUGUAGUUCAGUUCGUUUGGUUCAUUUGGUCCGGACCAAAGAA